AAACCACUAAAUUUGCCAGAUAACUUCCUAUAUUUAGCUUCCUUCCUCCUUGACCUUAGCCUCCAAGCUUUUAAUUUUAGAUUCACUCUCCUUAAUUCUAGAUUAUUGUCUUGUAAAUACGGUAUAAAUCCCUACCUGUAUGUAUAUAUAUAAACCCAGUUAAAAUCCAGAAAUUAACCUUCAAUAUUUUUCUCGCAGAGCCCGUCCCUUCAGUUUGAGAACACGUUAUUUCAGAACUCUCACCACAGAGUACAGUGGUUUUUCUUAACAUUGUCAGUUUGCAACAUGCCAACACUCGGGAAGACCUCUCCAUUUCUACUCUUAUUGCUCCUAGCAACACUCUUCCAUCUCUCACAUGGCGAUGUGGGCACCUGUUCCCACUACAGACCCCCAUAUUUACCCACUGCCUGUUAUGGGAAUUCAUCAUCACAGUUCCCAUCAAGCAAUCUGUUUGCCGCGGCCGGCGAGGGAAUAUGGGACAAUGGCGCCGCCUGUGGAAGACAGUACCUGGUGAGAUGCAUCAGUGCAGCUGUCCCGAGAACUUGUCUUCCAGACCAAAUCAUUCAGGUUAGGAUUGUUGAUCGAGCACAAACAUCAAGGUCAAGGCCUUCAUCGAAUGGGGCUACGAUAGUCCUCUCUUCUACCGCUUUUGGCAGCAUCGCAGAUCCUUCGGCAAGAUUGGUUAACGUAGAAUUCCAACAGGUUUGAAGAAGAAGAAGAAGAAGAAGAACAGUUGUUUCUAGAUAACGCGCAAGGGGUUGAGAUUAAGUCAAUGUGAUGAGUUACGUGGGUUAGCUAGCUAGCUAUUCGUAUUAAUUGUGGAAUAUUUGUGCUUUUCAAUUACUUGUUCAUUGAAUUGAAUAUUAAGCAUAUUAUUAAUAAAUUACUUUUCUUUUUCUUGA